AUGAUGAUAAGUAACGCAAUUUGUCUCGUUUUCAUUCUUCUAAGUGCUACAGCCCAAGUGAGAUCACAAUUAUGUCUGGAUGUUGAUCAAUAUGGUCCAUGUUCAUUGAACGGAGCUUGUGGUUGUUUUCAUAUGGCAGGUCUUGUUGACACUGGUAUUUGUGGCUUUCUUUGGCCGAUUUGUUCGCAGCUUAAGCCAUGUAACUCAUCGAGCAACGCAUGUGAUCAACCUGAUACUAUAUGUGUCCAACAUAUUCGUUGUCGUGAUAUUCCUCUUUGUUAUCCAGUGUCGAUGAUGGAUCAACGAAUCUGUCCAUCGAUGGAAAUGACAAACAGUACAACUACAAUCACAGCAACAACAUCAAUAACAACUACAUUCAUGACAACAACAGCAACACCACCAACGAAUACAACCACUGCUCAACAAUUAAAUUGUUCGGAUUCAAGUUUGAUUACAUUUGAAAAUGCAACGACAUACUCUAAAAUCCCAGAUGGUUAUUAUGAUUUAAAAUGGAUAAAUGCGUAUGCACUUGAUACACAAGUAUAUACACAAUCGUCUGAAAGUGGAUUUUAUUCUGCUGUAACAUCAGGCACAUGGGUAGCAUUUAAUAUGAAUGGUGAUUCAAUGACAAUUCGUAUAGAUCAACCGAAUACAUUCACUAUUAAAUCAUUUAUGGUCUCAGCUGCACGGGAAAACAAUGUUACACUAUCAAUGAUUUCACAACGUGGAUCGACAUAUUAUAAAGAAGCAUCAUUUAAAAUAGGAAAAAAUCGUUCAACUACAAUUGAAUUAAAUUGGUUUGAUAUUAAUACAAUUACAUUCUAUGCAUCAAAUGAUAAUACUCGACAGGGAGAAGUUUUUGUUAUCGAUGAUCUAUGCUUGUAA